AUGGCGCGAAACUCAGUAAUCCCUGAUGCAGACAAAACAACGCCAGAAGCCAGGGCAGCGACAUCCACUCAACGCGUUGCGCAGCUUACAGGGCACCUCGCACCCCCAGCAGAAACGGAGAAUGUGAAUACACCUAAUCACCCAAGCCUGAACAUACCAUACCCCGUUUCAAGAUUCCAGAUUGAUCCUAAUCGCCACAUUGACCGUGUGCGAGAGAUCAAAGUCGGUGUGAUUGGUGCUGGGCUCUCAGGCAUUAGUGCUGGUAUCUUGCUGCCGGCCAAGGUCCCUGGUCUUCAGUUGACCAUCUUUGAGAAGAAUAGCGACGUGAGCGGGACAUGGCUGGAAAACACUUAUCCUGGAGUGCGGUGUGAUAUACCUGCUCACGUCUAUCAAUCGACCUUUUCGCCAAACACCCAAUGGUCCGAGAUUUUCGCCCAGGGUGCUGAGAUCCGUGACUAUUGGCAAGAGCAGGCGAGGAAGCAUGAUGUGUACAAGUAUGUCAAACUGCGACAUCGCGUUGACGAAGCAGAAUGGGACAAUUCCAAGUCCCAAUGGAAUCUACAGGUGCAUAAUCUCGAAAACGGCCAGACAUCAACCGAGACGUUCGACUUUGUCAUCGCCGCAGUCGGAAGAUUUAAUGCAUGGAAGCUGCCCAAUUACCCUGGCCUGGACGAGUAUCAAGGUCACUUGAGACACACAUCGAACUGGGACAAUUCUUUCGACCCCAAGGGCAAAAAGGUUGCGGUUAUUGGAAACGGCGCAAGUGGCAUUCAGGUCGUACCAAACCUGCAACGGAUAUCCAAACAUGUCACACACUUUGUGCGAAAUCCCACAUGGAUUGCAACAUCAUGGGCGGGCGACGAGCGUACCUUUGAGCCACAGCCAUAUCCUGAAGAAAAGCGCAAGUCGUUCCAGGAUCCCCAAACGUACCUGAAAUUCCGCAAAGAACUGGAGGAUAGAUAUUGGAGAGGAUUUCGCGGAAUGGUGCGCGGCUCUAAAGAAAACGCUGGAAUAAAGGAGCAGUUCACCGAGGUUAUGAAGAAACGCACCGCAAAGAAACCAGAACUUCUAGAUGGUCUAAUCCCAGACUUCUCGCCGCAUUGCAGGCGCUUGACACCCGGGCCAGGUUACCUUGAGUCACUCACCGAAGACAAUGCUGAACUGGUUAAAACACCCAUCAAACGCUUCACGCCCACUGGCAUCGAAACAGUAGAUGGGAAGCAUUAUGAAUUCGAUGCUAUAUUUUGCGCUACAGGAGCAAAUACGGAUCUGGUCCCUCCAUUUCCCAUCAAAGCAAAUGGCGAAGAUCUGAACAAAGCCUGGAAACCCGAUGGAAAAUGGGGCUUCCCAUACACAUACAUGGGACUUGCCACUCCUGGAUUCCCGAAUCUCUUUUUCUUGGCUGGUCCCCAUGCCACAGGGCCCUCUGGCACCGUCCCACAAGGUGUGGAAACAUCACUCGCCUAUUUCGCCAAAGUCUUCCGCAAGGUCUCUUCUCAAGGAAUCAAGUCUCUUGCACCAUCGAAAGAAGCCACUGACGACUUUGUCGACUACUGCGACGCUUUUUUCCCAACUACAGUGCUAACAGAUAACUGCUCAUCGUGGAAUAAUGGCGGUCUCCCUGGUCAGCGCAUUCACGGGCUUUGGCCUGGCUCAGCAGCUCACAUUACUAUCAUCAGACGCGAACCACGCUGGGAAGACUGGGAGUAUGAAAGAGAGGACAAAGGCAACCGAUUCACGUACUUUGGCAAUGGGUACACGCAAGCUGAACUGGAUCCAUCGGUGGACAUCACCUCCUACCUUAAGCCACCUCAAGACGUCGACCUAAGAAAUCUUCACGAACUUUGGUGGGAUCUCCCAGGCUCGCAGAAGAAGAAUUGA